CUGCUGGACUGCAUCUACUUUGUCACUCAGACUUCCUAAAACCAACAUACCCUCUGCUUUGACUCCUUUAGCUCCGUGCUCCCCGGCGGGCGGUGCGCUGACAACAGAACAAACCCCCCUAACCUCUGGAGGCAGCCAAUCAGGUUGCCUCCCUGCUACGUUAGCACAGCGCUGACACAACAACAACAGCUCGUUUCGAUCUGUUUGCCCUUAACAUUUACAACAUAACUACCGACAAACUGAACGUGUAAGAUGUUAAAUUAACCAGAACGGUUAUCUUUUUUGUUGACGCUAUCCCUGUUUUGGCGUUAGUGUCCGUUGAAGGCAGUUAAUCGGAGCUGUUAGCUGCCAGUUUGCUAGCUAAUUGUAGCUAACACCCAACAGAGGAAGAUGGGCUCCAUCCUGAGUCGCCGAAUCGCUGGAGUUGAGGAUAUCGAUAUCCAGGCCAACUCGGCCUAUCGAUUUCCACCGAAAUCCGGGAAUUAUUUUGCAAGCCACUUCUUCAUGGGGGGAGAGAAAUUUGACACACCACAUCCAGAGGGAUACCUUUUUGGAGAAAACAUGGACCUGAACUUUCUUGGAAAUAGACCAGUGCAGUUUCCGUAUGUGACACCUGCACCCCACGAGCCAGUGAAAACCCUGCGGAGUCUGGUCAACAUUAGAAAGGACUCUUUGCGUUUGGUCAGGUAUAAAGACGACUCUGACACUCCGGUGGAGGAGGGUGGAAAACCAAAGGUUCAGUAUGGUGUGGAGUUCACCUUUGAUGCUGACGCGCGUGUGACCAUCACUCUCUAUUGCCAAGCGUUUGAGGAAUUCUCCAACGGGAUGGCAGUUUACAGCCCAAAGGAUCCUACGAUGGUCUCUGAGACUGUGCAUUACAAGAGGGGGGUGAGCCAACAGUUCUCUAUGCCGUCUUUCAAGAUAGACUUCAGCGAGUGGAAAGAGGAAGAUUUGAACUUUGACCUGGACCGAGGAGUGUUUCCCAUGGUUAUCCAAGCUGUGGUUGAUGAAGGGGACGAUUGCCUUGGACAUGCUCACGUACUUUUGGCAGCCUUUGAAAGACACGUUGAUGGCAGUUUCUCCGUCAAGCCCCUGAAGCAGAAGCAAAUUGUGGACCGUGUGAGCUACCUCUUACAGGAGAUCUACGGGAUUGAGAACAAAAACAACCAAGAAACCAAGCCAUCAGAUGAUGAGAACAGUGACAACAGCAACGAGUGUGUUGUCUGUUUGUCAGACCUGCGAGACACGCUCAUCCUUCCCUGCAGACAUCUGUGUCUCUGCAACUCCUGCGCCGACACUUUGCGUUACCAGGCCAACAACUGUCCAAUCUGCAGGCUGCCCUUCAGAGCCUUGCUGCAGAUCAGGGCUGUGAGGAAAAAGCCUGGAGCUCUUUCUCCCGUGUCCUUCAGUCCUGUUCUGGCUCAGACUAUGGACCAUGAUGAACACUCAAGCACAGACUCGGUUCCUCCCGGCUUUGAACCCAUCUCGCUGUUAGAGGCUCUGAACGGUCUGCGGUCGGUGUCUCCCGCCAUCCCCUCCGCCCCGCUCUACGAUGAAAUCAACUUCUCAGGGGGCAUCGGAGGCGACAGCAGACAGCUGAGCUCCCCAGAGCAUUUAAGUGACAGCAGUCUGCAGAAAGGCAAAGUCAGCAAGUCACCCGACAGCACCCUUAGGUCUCCAUCCUCUCCCAUCCAGGAGGAGGAUGAGGAGAAGCUGUCAGAGAUGUCGGACGCUCAACCACACACGCUGCUGUCCAGCAGCCCCGCCCCCACCGACGCCACAGCAACCGAGGACGUAGCAGAGUCUCUGCCUCCAGACGACGAGGACAGGAUGCAUUCUGGUGGAGACAUCUUACAGGACUGCAGCAGUGAACACAGCAGCUUGACCAAAACAGAGAGCGACCCACCGGGCGACCUGUCUCUGCCAGGUUCAUCAGAGUCAACGGAAAGCCUGAAAAGUCAGAGCACAAACUGCUCCAGCCAACCUCUCCUUUGUCCCACGAGCAGCCUUCACAUGGAAGACGAGCACCUCAACCCUUGACUCUGAUCCAGCCUUUUUCUCCUCCCAUCUGUCAGAACAGAUUUAUGCUUUACAAAAAUCAUCCAGUCCCUCUCCGUUCCUUUUUAGCCUUCCAGCCCCAAGUCUUCUGCUCCUGUGAUCAGAGCCGACGACAGCCCCAAAAGGAAGUUCACAAGGACGAGGGAGGUUUCUGUUUAUCCCAUCAACGUCUUUGACAUUAGAAAAUGAAAUUUGACGUCCGCAAAGAUGCUCUCGGUAGCUUACUUUAUGACUGAUGUUAAAAAAAAAAAAAGAAAAGAUAUUAUUUGUCGGCUCUGAAAACAUUUCAUUAACUGUCAGAUGGUGACUGUCAUUCGUGUGUCUUGGCCAGAGUUGUGAUCUAGUAACGUGGAUUCCAGAGAUAUUUCACUACCUGUCACGGUGGUGCUUUUAAGCACACUUACUUUGAAUUAACUCUGUAUCGACUAAAUUCAGAAGAAUUUAUAAAUACGGCUCGUGUUUAAAUAUUGUAUUCACCAGUGAUAUACAUUAAUGACAUGGCAUACGUCCCCCUCCCACCCCCCCCCCUCUCAGUGAGAUUAAUUUGGGUUAUAAGCAGAAAUUUGAAAGUUUAUUACUGAUGUAUCUGUGUGUCCAUUUGAAGUGAUUAUGCACUCCGACCAAAUCGUUUAUAAUCCAUUCCUUUAAACAAGCCUUUACAAUGAGAUUAGUUUGUUAUCUGCAAUCUUAAACAUCUACAUUUCUGAGUUUUUUUUUAUUUGAAACGAUGUGAUAUCUGUGUAUCAUAACUGUACUAGAAUCCUGUGUAGUUAUUUCCAAAAAUUGUAUACUUGCAUAUUAUAUAUAAAAAAAAAAAAUCCUAAUAUUGAAGUAAUUCAGUUAACACGCACAUUAUGUAAGACUUUGAUAAUCGAUAAGAGCUACAGAUUGACAUCCUAACAGCUGAACUCAAAGAUAGUUAAAGCCUGCAACAAGCAUCGAUGCUCCAGCUACAUGUUUGCUGACUCGGUACGGCACAGUGAGCGUGCUUGUCGUUGAUGUGGCAGAUCUCUGUACAGUCUCGUUGUGCUUAUGUGAUGUAGCUGCAAAAAAGGGAGUCAGGUGUUAGUCUGGCUGCAAUGCCUUACUUAACCGUAUUCCUGUAUGUGUAGCGCAAUGUAUAGAUCUAUGUGCCUUCAAUUAAUGUGGCUGCCUGCUUGUUGCAUUGGACAUUAGUGUUCUUAUAAAUGCUACAAUAUACAACAGUUUUCAGCCCAUAGACAGGAUUUUUGAUGCUGAUGUACAGAGCCUUUUUUUUAUCGCAAACUUCAUGCUACUCGAAAAAAAUGUAUCUUGUUAUUGUUUUUGAGCAAUAUUAAAUUGAAUCGUUCAUUCACUAUGUUACAGCCAUAUAUCAAUUAUGCAUUAAAUCUUUAGUAUUUAGGUUAAAGUGAACUCUCUUUAUGUAUGUUUGAUUGGAAGGACACACAUCCAAUGCAAUAGAUGCAACAUUUUAAUUAUCAGGCUAGCGUUUGCAUGUGAAUUUGUAGAGGCUUAAAUCUGUCACUGCUUUUAAGUAAUGUGGUUAUUUUGUCUUCCCCCCCCCCCCCCCCCCCCCUUUCUCUUUCUGUGCCAUUUCAACUUGACACUGUGCCUUCCUGUUCCUGUUCUGACCACUAUUGACCUGGUAUCCAGGAUUACUCCACAGUAGGUGGUUUGUGGCUCUCUGUAAAAUCAAUACCUGUCUCUCCUCGUGUGUAUAGCAGCAUGUGUAUAACAAUAAAGAACAAAGAUUCAAUACUUCAAAUAGCAAUUGUUUUAUGAUCCAUCUCUGUAUUUCUGAUUUAUUUUUCUUUACAUUACAUUUUGUCACACUACCCACUACUAUGCCAUGAUAUUUGGUGAAAUGCUUGAAUUUGAAUAAAGUGUACUAAAUGUA